CUUGUCUGAUUUCAUUACCUCAUGUACUGAUUAAAUCAAGAAUUGCCAACUUGUCUGAUUUCAUUGGAUGAUUUAGUCAACUUUGACUUGCAAAUUUUUUCUUAAAAGAUGCUAAGUAAUAGAAUAUGAAAAGAAAAAACAAAAUGGUUUCGGAAAUUAAGCCCAACUUAAGGAAUCCAAAAAAAAAAAACAUGGAAAGGGAGAAAAACCAGUGUCAAGAAUGGGAUUCGAACCCAUGCCCUUUCGGACCAGUACCUGAAACUGGCGCCUUAGACCAACUCGGCCAUCUUGACAAGUUGCUUGUCAACUCGGAAUUAUAAAUUUUCGAUUAGCAUUCCCAUGCCUUUUGAAAAUCUGUUACUUGAAAUGCUUUGUACACGAUUCUCCCUCUAUACAAACCCAACCAAAUGUAUUUUCUGAUCAAUCAAAACCUCCAGACCAAGAUAAUUCCAAUCUCAUUUUCCAAAUUUAUAUCUUCACUGCCCAUAUUCCAAAACUCAUCAUUUACUAAACCCAUCAAGUAUGAACAAGAAGAACCACCUUCUUUUCUUGACCCUUUUCACUUCUUCACUAACUACAUAAAAUCCGCCGAUCACACUGUUGAAGAAACCAAAGUUAUUCAUACCCAUUUAAUUAAAACAGCUUUGUUUAACUCUAAUACUGUUGUUGCUAAUUCUUUACUUGAUUGGUACUGUAAAUCUGGUGCUUUGUUUUAUGCCUUGAAAGUGUUCGAUACAAUUCCUAAUAAAAACGUUAUUUCUUGGAAUGUUAUAAUUUCCGGUUAUAAUCGUAAUUCUUUGUUCGAGGAUUCUUGGAGAUUCUUUUCUAUGAUGCAUUUUUCUGGUUUUGAUCCUAAUGAUAUUACCUACGGUUGCGUCCUUUCUGCUUGUGCUGCUUUAGAGACUCCUAACUUAGGCGAGCAGGUGUAUUCGCUGGCCACAAAAAAUGGGUUCUAUUCAAAUGGUCAUGUUCGGGCAGGAAUGAUAGAUCUUCUUGCAAGAAAUGGUAGGUUUGGUGAUGCUUUAAGGGUGUUUUAUGAUGUAUCAUGUGAGAAUGUGGUUUGUUGGAACUCUAUCAUCUCUGGGGCUGUUAAGAGUGGUGAAUAUUGGAUUGCUUUGGAUAUUUUUUACCAAAUGUCUCGAAGAUUUGUGGUGCCUAAUAGUUUUACUUUCUCAAGUAUUUUGACUGCUUGUGCUUCUCUUGAAGAAGUUGAACUUGGAAAAGGAAUUCAAGGGUGGGUGAUUAAAUGUUGUGCAAAGGAUAUCUUUGUAGGCACUGCUAUAGUUAAUAUGUAUGCUAAAUGUGGGGAUAUUGUUGAUGCUGUAAAGGAAUUCUCUCGGAUGCCAGUUCGCAAUGUAGUUUCAUGGACAGCCAUAGUAUCUGGUUUCAUUAAAAGGGAUGAUUCUAUCUCUGCCCUCAAAUUUUUCAAAGAAAUGAGGAAGAUGAAGGAAGAAACAAACAAGUUUACUGUUACUACUGUAAUUAGUGCAUGUGCAAAACCACAUUUUAUUAAAGAAGCGAUACAAAUCCAUUGCUGGAUAUUGAAAACUGGAUAUUAUUUGGAUCCAGUGGUAGGGGCUGCUUUAAUUAAUAUGUAUGCAAAAUUACAUGCAAUUUCUUCGUCAGAGAUGGUGUUCAGAGAAAUGGAAGGCGUAAAGAACCCAGGAAUUUGGACCAUCAUGAUUUCUUCAUUUGCUAAAAAUCAGGACUCUCAAAGUGCGAUUGAUUUGUUGCUAAAACUGCUACAGCAGGGUCUGAGACCAGACAAGUUUUGUCUUUCUAGUGUCUUAAGUGUUAUAGAUUCCUUAUACUUAGGGAGGGAAAUCCAUUGCUACAUUCUUAAAACUGGGUUCGUCCUUGAUCUUUCUGUUGGUAGUUCUCUUUUUACAAUGUACUCAAAGUGUGGUAGUAUAGGGGACUCUUACAAAGUCUUUGAGCAGAUUCCUGUCAAAGACAAUAUUUCAUGGACAUCAAUGAUUAGUGGGUUCACAGAGCAUGGCCAUGCAUAUCAAGCUUUUGAGCUUUUAAGAAAAAUGCUAACGGAAAGAAGUAAACCUGAUCAAACAACUUUCUCUGCAAUUUUAAGCGCAGCUUCUAGUAUUCAUUCCUUGCAGAAAGGUAAGGAAAUUCACGGCUAUGCUUAUCGUGCUAGGCUGGGCGAUGAAGCAUUAGUUGGUGGUGCACUUGUUAAUAUGUAUUCAAAAUGUGGUGCUCUGGAAUCAGCAAGGAAAAUGUUUGACUUGCUUGCAGUAAAAGAUCAGGUUUCAUGUUCUUCUUUGGUUUCAGGAUAUGCACAAAAUGGAUGGCUUGAAGAGGCACUGUUACUGUUCCAUGAAAUGUUGAUCUCUAAUUUCACAAUAGACUCCUUCGCUGUUUCAUCUGUUCUUGGUGCCAUUGCAGGAUUAAACAGGUUGGAUUUUGGAACUCAACUUCAUGCCCAUCUGGUGAAACUGGGGUUAGAUUCAGAUGUUUCUGUUGGAAGUUCACUUGUUACAGUAUACUCCAAAUGUGGAAGCAUUGAAGAUUGCUGGAAAGCAUUUAAUCAGAUUGAUGACGCCGACUUGAUAAGCUGGACAACUAUGAUUGCUAGCUGUGCUCAGCAUGGAAAAGGAGUGGAGGCUUUAAAAAUAUAUGAGCAAAUGAGGAGAGAAGGAAUUAGACCUGAUUCAGUGACUUUUGUUGGAGUUUUAUCUGCCUGUAGCCAUGCCAAUCUGGUUGAAGAAGGCUAUUUCCAUUUUAACUCAAUGACCAAAGACUUUGGCCUUGAACCCAAUAACCGUCAUUAUGCUUGUAUGGUUGAUCUACUUGGUCGCUCAGGUAGAUUGAAAGAGGCUGAAAAGUUUAUUAGAGGUAUGCCUAUUGAUCCUGAUGCUCUAGUGUGGGCAACACUGCUUGCUGCUUGCAAAUUACAUGGAGAUAUUGAGCUUGGGAAGAUAGCAGCCAAAAAGGUUAUGGAACUAAACCCAAAUGAUGAUGGAGCUUAUGUCCUGUUAUCAAAUAUUUUUGCAGAUGCAGGCCAGUGGGAAGGGGUCGUACAGAUUAGAAGCUUAAUGUCAGGAACUGGAGUUAGGAAAGAAGCUGCCUGGAGUUUCAUGUGAAAUAGUAAAUCCUUUGAUAAGUUGUGGUAGAUGUUUUGGGUUUUUUGUCCUUGAAGGUUCUCACGCAUUAACCCCAUUUCAUUAGAAUUUAGAAGAUAAAAACUAAAAUAUGGAAUUCUCCUUGAGAAAUUUUUUUCCUACUAGUCCUCAAUUUUUCAGUUUACUGCAUUAUAAGGUUUCAAGUUUUUUUUUUUUUCCAAAAGCUGCAUCUAUAUAAUUGAUAUUUGAUACUAAAACUGCAUCAGACCAAAUUUUUUUUCUUUUGGUAAGAAAAAGGGGGGCACAGCCCCAAGAAUAGAGAACUUCAGCAAAGGAACAAAUUCUGAUGCUAAUGGCUGCUGGUUGAAAGGACUUGCUUUCAGAAUUGGUAGCUCCUCCCCUCUUAAUGCAGAGCUUUGGGGUGCUUUUAGGGGCCUUGACAUGUCUUGGAACCUCGACUUUAGGAAUUCACUCUUGAAAUGUAUUCGGCUAUUGCAGUAGAUUGUGCUUGCAGAAGAAGUGAAGCUCAUAACUCUACCAAAGAAAUUGUUAAAGGAAUUCAUAUUCUCUUGUUCUGGGACUGGUCUGCGCAUUGUGUUCAUGGAUUUCGGUGGCUAACUCGUGCACAUUGGCUUGCUAGCUUUGCCUUGAAUUCUCACUUGGACUUCCAGCUGCUUGACUCCCGUCCUGAUGAGUUGCUGUUGACUGUUAUUAAGAGAAGCUUUGGGUAUUACUAUUAAUAAUUUUGCAUUAGAAAAAAUUGAAACGUAUUAUCUCAUUUAAUUGGGAAGAUUUCUCUGACUUGACAUAAAUUACCAUUUACCCAUGGAUAACUAGUCAACAACACAGGAACAUAACGGUUAAACUUUAUGCUAAAUCAGGAAAAUCUGCCUGUCAAACGCAUCAGUUAUUUGGUUUAUUGGAUGCGUCCCAUUGUUUAAGGAAGAUGGUCUGGACGCAACUGAUGACGGGAUAUUCUCAGAAGCAACUUUGGUGGAUGCUACCUGCCAUAACUAUGCAAUUCUGCAGAUGUUCUUUCUUCUUCGCCUACCUUGAAGAUGUGCAAGAAUUCCACAGUGGACAUUGUACUACGUGCAGAAGGAUUUGAUUGUUCAUGCUCUUGGAGUGGAGGUGGCAUAAUUGCAUGACCUUAAGAUAUCAACAGACACCACCUACACCGUUCCUAGACCUUAAACUGCAAAAUGGAGGAAGCGGUGGCGUACAAUUGCUGGAUAGAAAGAUGGAAUUUCAAUGAGUGAAGGGUGCAGCAUAGAUAAUGAGAAUUUCCAUGUGAAGGAAAUGAAAUACGGAUAUAUUUAUGAUUUAAAAGGUUGACCCCAACUACUUCAGAGUUUAUGUGUUCUUAUGUUUGAAUACAUUACUCCGGUGUAAGAGCUUCUUCAUCCUCUUGUGCAUAAUGCUUGCACUGAAUCCAAAAUUUCUUUUAAUA